UCUAGUCGCGCGUAGCCCGCAUUUUCCAGUCAUCCUACCGUAGGUCUACUCGCAAAUGGCUGCGGCUACACCGCUGACCCCGUCUCCCCUCCAAAUCCCUCCCAUCUCCAUUUCCCCAUCUCUCCUCCCCUUCCCAAUCGCCACCUUUCCUCCUCCCUCACUCCACUUCGAAGUAAUCGAAAGGAAAGCAAAAAAGCUUCAUUUUUUCACUUUCCCUCGCCCCCCGGCAUGGGGAAAACCCUUCCCUUCGCCGGCGCCUCCACCUCCUCCUCCUCCUCUCCCCUCAUCUUUCCGGCGCUCUUGUCAGACGUGCUCAACUCACUCGAAGAAUCUGCCGCCGGAGUACUUGCACCAGCUCACCCCCUUCUCCACCGCCUGAAACUUCUCCUUCUCGAGCUCCGGCGACGAGAAACCCCGGCUCCCCUCCCGAUGCACAAAGCCCUCGAUUCUCUCCGCGCUGUGCUCCAACGAUCCUUUGCUCUUGUGAAGAAGCCCACAGGGCCAUUGGUUUCCCCCAUCGAGUUGAUCCAGGAGUCUGUUCAAGACAUUGGAAGAUGCCUCGGCCUGUUACUGCUCGCCUGGACGGAUGCGGAGGUUGAUGUGAAGGAGAAGAUGGGCGCGCUGCAGAAGGAGAUGAUGUCCGUGAAGCUCGAUUCGAAGAGGGGAGGCAGGGUGGAAAUUAGCGGCGGAGAAGCGGAUGGUGGGGAGAUUGUGCAGGAUGUUGAGGAUGUGGUGAUGGGGAUUAAGAGAGGGGAGGAGGAGGAGCUACGAGGUGCGCUUGAGGUGCUUGAGGUUUUGAUUAGGAAGAGAUUGGUUGGGGAGGAAGAAAGUGAGGGCGUGAUUCAAGCUCUGGUGAGUCGAUUGGGCUCUGCUAAAAAUGGUUGCAGAUUGAGAAUAAUUGUGCUGUUGAGGAGACUUGCUGACACCAAUGAUGAAUACAAGGAGAUGAUGGCAAAUCCGGAGGCCUUAUCUAGCAUUGUGAAGUCUUUGGCAAGGAAUGUGGAUGAGAGCAGGGAAGCAGUUGCACUGCUUUUGCAAUUAGCGGAUUUGGCCAAAGUUCGACAAAGGAUUGGACGAGUCCAGGGUUGUAUCAUGAUGUUGGUCACAUUGCUUAAUGGAUCAGAUCCUUCUGCUUCGUAUGAUGCGGGAAAGUUAUUGGCGGCUUUGUCGAGCAACACGCAGAACGUGCUUCUGAUGGCAGAGGCUGGUUUCUGUGUGCCUUUGGUGCAAUACUUGAAAGAAGGUUCAGAUAUGAACAAGAUUCUCAUGGCUUCUGCAAUUUCAAGGAUGGAGUUGACUGAUGAAAUGAAAGCCGACCUUGGAAAGGAAGGUUCAAUAGAGGCCCUUGUGAAAAUGUUCAACUCUGGUAAAAUGGAAGCAAAGUUGUCUGCUCUAAAUGCCAUAAGGAAUCUCUCUUGUUUGAAAGAGAACAAUGAACGCCUCAUCAAUUCGGGAGUCAUAUCGAAUCUGCUUCAGGUCCUCUUCUCCGUCACCUCCGUCCUAAUGACUCUGAGAGAACCAGCUUCUGCCAUACUCGCAAGCUUGGCGAAAUCUGAAAUCAUUCUUCAGAGGAAAGAUACAGCUCAGCAGAUGCUCUCACUUCUUAAUCUAUCCAGUCCAGAGAUCCAAUUACACCUUCUAAAUGCUCUGAAUAGCAUGGCUGGCCAUUCCGGAGCUAAAAGAAUAAGAGCUAAAAUGAAAGAAAAUGGAGCAAUGCAGCUACUCGUGCCUUUCCUGUUCAACACCAAUGAUGAAAUCAGGAUUGCUGCCUUGAUCUUGCUGUUUAAUCUAUCCACAUAUUUUGCAGAUGAGUUGAGUGGGCAGUCAGGAGAGAACUAUCUCAUUGUUAUGGUAGACAUAAUCUCAAAGGCAUCAUCUGAGAUGGAAAAGGCUGCUGCUUUAGGCAUUAUCAGCAACACCCCUGUGAGCGACAAGAAGGCAACUCAACUUCUCAUGAAUGCAAAUUUACUUCCUUUGCUGGUCACUUUAACUGGCACAAUCAGCACAGCUCCCUCAACCCCAACGAGGAAAUGGUUACUGGACAGCAUCGCCACUGUCAUGCUUCGAUUCACAGUUCCCUCGGAUAAGAAAUUGCAGAAAGUAUCUGCAUCCCAAGGAAUAAUUCCCUGUCUUGUGAAACUUCUGUCAGCCAAUUCCAUUGUUGCGAACUCCAGAGCAGCAAAUUCCUUGGCUCAACUAUCUCAGAAUACUCUUUUCUUAAGCAAAGUAAAGUCAUCAAGGUGGUUCUGCGUUCCUCCUCCUGCAGAAAAACUGUGUGGUGUGCACAAAGGCCUCUGCGUUGUCAAAAGCACAUUUUGCCUUGUAAAGGCGGGAGCUUUAUCUCCUCUUGUACAAAUACUGGAGGGUAAGGAAAGGGAAGCUGAUGAAGCUGUACUUGGCGCACUCUCAACUCUGUUGCAGGAUCCAAUCUUUGAGAGUGGCAGUGAUGUCAUAGAGGAGGCAUCAGGAGUGCGGGCUGUCAUAAGGAUUCUGGAAGUUGGGAGCUUGAAAGCUCAGGAGAAAGCAGUCUGGAUGCUGGAGAGGAUUUUCAGAGUUGGAGCUCACAGAAGCAAAUAUGGUGAAGCUGCUCAGCAUCUACUCAUUGAGCUUGCUCAGAAAGGAGAUCCAAUCCUGAAGCCAAUGAUUGCUAAAAUAUUAGCGCAUCUUCAACUGUUGGAAAUGCAGUCGAGCUUUUUUUGAGAAUUUUUCUUAGGAAAUGUGUAAAAUUUGUGCAGGUCAUUAUUUUGUCCAAAGCAUUUGUAUGGGAGAUUAGAAUAUAGGUUUGUUCAUAACAAAUUCUUGUUUUUUUUUGUGAGAGUGUAAAGAGAAAUUUGCUUUCAUGUAUCGUUUAUGUAAUGAAAAUACUCAACUUUUGAGCUGUGUAGAA